AUGAUCUUUUCAACUCUACUUUUCGCGGCGAGCGCUGCAGCGCUGCCGAAAGCGCUAGAGCCCAGGCAGGGAGGGCAGAACACCAUGCUUCGAUUUGGUUGCUCGCAAGUCAUCAUAGAUCGCAUUGAUCCGCUCGUCAACCCAGGUCUCGCUCCAUCGCCACAUAUGCACCAGGUCGUUGGAGGCAACUCUUUCAACACUACAAUGCAAUCCACAGACAUUGCCAAGAUCUCAACCUGCACUACUUGCGGAUACUCAGAGGAUUUCUCCAACUACUGGACUGCCAACCUAUACUUCAAGGCCAAAAAUGGGACUUACAAGCGCGUGCCUCAAAUUCCAAACCGAGAUCUUUUCAACGACAAGUACACUGGAAAGACGAAGGGUGGGUUCGUCGUCUACUAUGUUUCUCCUGGAAAAGGCAAAGUCACAGCGUUCAAGCCGGGUUUUCGGAUGCUUGUUGGGGAUGCCAACAACCGCGUGAGCAAGAACCUCAAGUCACAGACCUGUUUCCGCUGCUACACUGGACCGAACUUUGCUGGCGACAAUGCGGCGCCUUGUCAAGAUGCCAAGCUCGAUACCGAAGGCCUACCAAAAGCUGCUUGUCCUGGUGGCAUUCGAUCAAACAUCCUAUAUCCCACUUGUUGGGAUGGAAAGAACCUCGAUUCGCCGGACCACAAGUCGCACGUAGCGUAUCCCAAGGCCGGUCCCCAAGUUUUCACCGGCUCAAGCGUAGGUGGCGAUUGUCCAUCGACCCACCCAGUGAAGAUCCCACAGAUCAUGCUUGAGAUUGUCUGGGAUACUAGGCAGUUCAACAACAAAGCCGACUGGCCAACCGAUGGUUCGCAGCCGUUCGUCCUCAGCACAGGUGACACCACUGGCUUCGGCCAGCACGGCGAUUACGUCUUCGGCUGGAAGGAUGACUCUCUGCAGAAGGCCAUGGACGAUGCCAAGGGUUGCAUGGGAGCUAACUGCGGUAGCCUCAAGACGCAACAGCCCGAUGACGGCAAUGCGUGCAAGGUGCCGAGGCGGGUCAAUGAAGAUGCCGAUGGUUGGUUGACGGAGCUCCCUGGUAUGGAGAUGCCAAUGGCCAUGUAG